UAAAAGGUAACUCCUUCUCCCACUUCUCUCACACCCCAGCACUCCAAAAUAAGCAGUAUAGUAGUCUAAAAAAAAACAUCCCACACACUAUCAUUCACCCUAGCCAAAACCCUAGAAAUGAGGAUCAUGCAAGAAUCUCAAUCUUUCAUUAUUCCCACCACAAUUCUACUACUAGCACUAUGCUACACCACUUCAGGCCAACUCUCACCAAUUCAACCCCCCACAACAUCACCAUCACUCCCAUCACCACCACUAUCCCAACCCUCCCCGCCGUCUCCGGCACUCCACUCCCCGCCGGCAACCGCGCCGGCGCCGGGGUUCAACACUGUCCCUCUUGUCCCAGUAACCCCAAGUGGGGCCCCCACACCCACCACCAUCAUCCCUAAGGGCCCCACCAUUGACAUAGUCCAAAUCCUAAGAAAAGCCAAAAGGUUCUCAGUCCUCACUCGCCUUCUCAAAACCACACAACUCAUAAACCAACUCAACUCACAGCUCGUAACUUCAAGCUCAGGAGGGUUAACCCUAUUUGCACCCGAAGACAGUGCCUUCUCCAAACUCAAAGCAGGGUUCCUCAACUCCCUCACUGAUAGACAGAAGGUGGAGCUCUUACAGUUCCACACUCUCUCUUCCGUCAUUUCCAUCUCAAACUUUGAUACCCUCACGAACCCGGUUCAGACGCAGGCCGGUGAUGACCCUCAGAGGCUGCAACUUAACGUCACCACUUACGGCGGCAGCCAGGUCAGCAUGGCCACCGGCGCCGUCAACGCCUCCGUCACCGGCACCGUUUACUCCGACAACAAGUUGGCCAUAUACCAGGUGGACAAGGUGCUUCUCCCUCUUGACCUAGUGCUUCCCAGCAAGGCGCCGGCGCCGUCACCGGCGUUGGCGAGAAAGGGUUUGCCGAAGGCUGAUAAAGGGAAUUCCACGGCGGCGGACGAUGGCACUGUUGACGGCAACGAUGACAGCGACGGGAAGGCCUUGCCGGCGGGUGUUUCUGCAGGGUGUACGAUGAAGUGGGUGAAUAACGUUGUUGUUGUAGGAGUGGUGGGUUUGGUGGGUGGUGUUUUGAUGUAAGGUGAGUGUGCAUGGAUAAAGGGAUUCCAUAAUUUUUGUUGUGCUUUUGUGAUCGAGUAAUAUAUGUAUUAAUUCCAUCGUGCUUAAUUGAGGUUCUGGUUUAUGGGUAAAGGGUAGGGUGAAAAUGUAUGCAUGACAUGCUGGGUUUCUUUUACUAUGUUUCUUCUUCUUUUGUUUUGAUAAGUGGUCAUUUGUGUUAAUUGAUUUCUGGCUUUGUAACCGGAUUUAUAAAAGAAAAAGGUUCUGUGUAUAUAUAUUUUUGCUUUUCAAAAUGUGUAUUAAUU